GCCCGACGGCUCUUAAGCCCGGCCACCCCGGGGCAGCGCCGGAGCGGCUCCGAGCGGCCCCGGCCCCCGCACCAGGCAGCACUCUCCCCAUUCCCUGCCUUCUCUAACGAGGACAGCUCCGUGCCUCGUCGGGAUACAAGAGCAGGUUUUCACUUUAGGGCCGACAAAGACGAGGAGGAAACCGGGAUAAUGGAAAUGGUGUUUGUGCCUGCAGGGAUAAACAGGAAUUUUCUUAACCAGAUUGGAACCUGCAGCAGGCGCUGGCUGGAGACCCCUCGCAGCAUUCCAAGGACGGUUUCUGGAUGCCAGCAGGAAGGCGCUGGUCCCUCCGGAGGAUGCCCUGGGGCUCCUGCCCUGCUGCUUUUUUGGGGGCUGGUUCCUGCCCCGUGCCUGGUGCUCUCCCUGCUCCCACUUCUCCUUGGGCACCCCCUGUGGGAACCAUCUGCUCUCACCCUCCCUAAUCCCAAAGUUUCCCGAUCUGGGAAGCACCUGGCGCUCUCUGCUCAUUCCCCACUCCAUCUCAGACGGUGCUGCCGAGGUUCAUUGUUGGCGUUUUCUCCCCGUGGCUUCCCAGAACUCCUUGUUCCAUCUCCAGACGGCAACGAGCGCGGUUUAUCCUGCUUGGAGCACCUGAUUCAGCCUCCUGAAGUCACUGGGAGUUUUUUCCAGUGCGUCUCAAGCCAAGGCUCCUCCAGGCUGGCGCUGGCUUUGAUGGGCUUCGAGUGUGGCACACGAGGCACAAUGGGCUCCUUGUUCCUCUCAGUGAGGCUGAAACCAUCCCCAAUAAAUGCAGAUGAAACCCUUGUCCUUAUUUCGGGGGCUCUGGAGGGGCACAGACAAAGCUGGGAUUGCUCUGGGUGCAAUUUCCCCCCCGAGAGCUGCGUGGGCAUCUCAGGAGGUGGAAGAAGCCUGGAGUGGUGUGAGUUAUUCCUUAAAAACCCUCAGUGGGGAUGAACAGCGUGUCCCAGCAGGUGAUGGGGCAUUUUUGGCUGCUCCACUGUGGGUUGGUCCUCAACUGGACCCCAGAUGGGAUGGAAUAAAUCUCUCUGGGCUCACACACAGCCCAGCCAGCAGUCAGGGGUUAUCAUCAAUUAGGGAGCAGGAACAGCAAAGCUCUCCAGGAAAACCCCAAACCCAGGUAGGUGCUGCUCCCUGCCCUCCCCUGUGAGCUGAACCUGACUUUGGGACAACGGGCUGGAGCUAAACAGGGAUGUUUUGAUACCCCAAUAUUUUGGUUUUGUGUCUGAUGUGCCCCAGAGGGACUUUGGACAGGCCAGAUUUUGGGCAGGUUGCUGUCAAGGCAGGACCCCGCAGCGCUGGGGCUGCUCUUCCAUCAUCUGGUGAUUAUUUGCAAACCCUGGGUUCAAGAGGAAGGAAAGGAUUUAUGGCCAUUUAUACCAAAAGUUUAUUGAGGCUGGAUCACUUUGGCCGGGUUUGGGGUUAAUAAAACCCGAAUUUCUGUGUGGUGCUUUCAUCUCUUGGAGGAGUCAGUGACUUUUUGUGGGACUGCAGAGAGGGGAAAUAAUGUCUGGGAAGUUCCACCAUGGGGGAAAUCCUCCAGGGAUAUAUUUUUUUUUUUUUUCCCCAGACUCUUGGACAAGCAGAGCUGAACUCUUUUCCUGCAGGGUGUGUGUGGGAGCUCGGAGUGACGCAUCCCGCAGGUGGUGGGGAGGAGCGGCUCCAUCCCUGCACAUCCAGAGACACACCCACCUCUUAAACCUGGGUUUUGGCCUGGAAUAGCUGAGCCUGCUCGGCCAGGCAGUGACAGCCUGAUUUGACACAAAAUUAUCUCUAUUAUUUUUUAUUUACCGUUUCUGUCUCACUGAACUGAGGGUAAAUCCCAGGGAAUUUAGGCAGGACCGAGGCACGCUGUCAGAGUGAACCUGGAACCAUUCCAGGCAGGUUUGUCUGGGUUUUCCCAUCACAUCAAGCACGGACGUGGCUCCUGGUGGUUUAACCCCAGAUCUGUCCGUGGAACUCGGUGGGGGCAAUGCAUGGACCCCAAA